AUGUUGGGCAGCGUCCUCCUCCCCUCGUCGCUCCAGUCGCACUCGACCAAGCCGUCGUCGGGCACGCGACGCAACACUUAUACCGGCACAGGCACGCCGACCUUGCCUCCCCGCCGCAGCUCGCUGAGCACCGCGCCCGCCGCCCAGACGGCGCCCCUCCAGCUCAAAAGCGUCACUCUCUCCGGCGGCAUGGACUCGCGGCACUACCGCUCCUCGUCGCCGCGGCGCUCCUACAACCCGGCCCGCGCGUCGACGGGCACCUUCGCUGAUCCCUACUCCUCCGCCUACGACUACUCCAGCUACCGCCCCAGCUCGCCCCGCUCGAGCGCCGACCGCAUCUCGGGCUCCUCCCACCACCACUCGAGCCCGUCCUACGGCGGCUAUGCGCCCAGCAGCUCCUCCAGCUCCCGCGCGAGCGCCCUCAAAUACGACUCGGGCUACGGCCAGACACGCCCUCGACGAAACACCGAGGACCGCACGAGCAGACCGAAUAUCGCAUCGCUGACCUCGCUGCCCCUCCGCACGCCUUAUACCCAAGACCACCGCCCCUCGAGCCCACUCACACAGUCCCGCACACCCCACGGCCACGGAGACACAUACAUUACUCACGGCUCUUCGCGGCAGGACGGCACCUCGAGCCACAAGAAGAUCUACAGCGUUGACAGCAGCCACACAGCCAAGCUGGUCGCUGAGACAGACACGGUCGAGUCACCGCGGCACCGGGACAGCGGCUAUGGCGGUGUCACAAGCGGCCGCAGCAGCUACCACCCAAGCAGCAGCAAGCCUUCCCGCCACGCCGAUCUGGGUGACAAUGGCUACUCGUACACCGACCCCGCCAGCAUGUACCGCGACACCGAGCCAGCCUGGCCGCGCCCACGUGCCGGCAGUGUGGAACGCGGCUCCCGUCCCAGCAGCAUGGUUAUCGACCGUCCGCCUCGAAGCUCCACUCGUGACCUAGGCCCGCCUCCCUCCACUCGUGGCUUUGAUAAGAUCAACAACAGCAUUCCAAGGCCCGGCCGGUCGAACUCGAUUGAGCGACGUGAAGCUCCCUCCCGGUACCAGGACCCGUACGCCUCCGACUCUGCACCACACCGUUCGUCUUCGACACGACACGCGCCAGCCGUUCACCAGGAGGCGCACCGUGAGCCUCGUCGAGCCGAGACCUAUGACGAUUAUGGACGUGGCAGGGAGGCUGAAAACAAGCGCCACAGCACGCUUGACCGUGGCUUUGAAGACCGGGAGGUAGCUUCUCGUGGCUUCGGAAUUGCGACAGGCAACCCCACCCUCGCUCAGGAUCCGUAUGCGCUCGACCGACAGCCCAUCCACCCGCCUUACGAGACACAAAGAGCCCCCCCAGUCGAGCAUGCACCUUCCGCUUAUCACUCCGACCGAGGCGCGGAGGCUCGAAUGCCUGAGCCGCGCCGCCCCGAAAGGCCAGUGUCCACCUACGAUUCGUAUGACCCACCUCGUUCUGAACGCCCUCGCACCGAGCACAAACGUGAGAACAGCCGUGACAGCCGCGCGGUUCCUGUGGCAGCUGGCGCCAUCGCUGGUAUGGCGGCUACUGCUGGUAUUGCUGCUGCACAUGGCAAGGCCAAAGAGAGGGAGCGGGAAGAGCGAGGAUCAUCCGAAGAGCGUGAGAGGCAAAAGCGGAGAGAGUACGAUGAGCGAGACAGGCGCGAUGACCGAUACGAUGACCGCGAGCGACGAGACGACAGGCGCAGCAGCAGAUUGCCCGAAGAACGCCGUGAGCCUGAGCGCCGAGAAGCUCUACCUCCUCCUCCUCCUCCUCCUCCUCCGCCACCACCAUCUCAGCCUCCGUUUGCUCCUCCUGUUGCCGCUCCUGCACCCGCGUAUGCGAUGGCUCAGGAAGCUGAGCGACCGAUCUCACGUGAUCGUCCAUACCCCAACGAGGAGAACCCGCCACCCAAGCCUCCUCGCAAGACCUCACCAGAGGGAAGUGAUGCCGAGAGACCUCGUCACUACGCUGAGCGCGAUUCGGACCGCAGCCGUAAGGAGCCUGUGCCUGCAGCUAUUGACCCUGAUGAGGAGUACCGUCGUCGUAUUGCGCAAGUAGAGAAGGAGGCAGAGCAAAGCCGCCGGGCUGCGGCAGACCGUCAAGACAGUGAUUCGGAUGGUGGACGCGACCGACGACGGCGUCGCGACCGAGCAGACCGUGAGCGUUCGCGCUCCAGAUCACGAGGUCGAGACGAGCGCCGUGAGCGUUCCCCGCCUUCCCAAGCACUCUCCCGCUACAACGACCGCAAUCUGGUUGAAGAGCCAGAAUCCAUCGACAAGCUCAACCCUGACGCCCCCGGCAAGAGCGUACAAAUCGUUGUACCCCGCAAAGACCAGUCCCCACCUCUGAAGGGCAUCCUCCGUAAGCCCACAGAGAAGUUCCCCGAAGACCCCGAGCCCAUUCGUGAGGGCGUAGCCCCGCACAAGGACUCUCUCAAGGGCAAGGACAUCCCCGUCGGCGCCCGCUGGACUCGCAUUGACCGCAAGCUUGUCAACCCUGAGGCUCUUGAGCGCGCCAAGGAGCGAUUUGAGGAGCGUAUGGAUUGUGUCAUCGUGCUGAGGGUCUUGACGAAGGAGGAGAUCCAGAAGCUUGCGGAUAAGACCAAACAGAUCCGUGAAGAGCGAGAAGAAGAGUACGAGCGUGAGCGUCGAGACCGUGAUCGGAGCCGCCACCGCAGCCGCAGGGACGAUGGUGACGAACGUGACCGCGACUAUGACCGCGACUACGACCGCGACGGACGCCGCAGACGUCGUGAUGAUGAGAGCGACUACGAUGAUCUGCGCAGUGAGAGGGACAGGGAGCGAGACCGUCCGAAGAUGUUGGAGCCUGCUAGGUGA